UGUUCGAGUCCCCCAUUCUCUGAGAAAAUGUAACGAAGCCCAUACUUAAAAGGACCACUUUGCCCUUACCUUUCUCGUUCUUCAAUAACAUUCCAUCCCACAAUCACACUCCAUUCCUUCCUCUUACUUAAAUACCCCUAACUAAAUUUUUUUCCCAUUUCUCAAUUUCAUGUAACAAUGUCGAAACCGGCGACAACUUCUCCGGCGAAGGCGACGACAAUAAAACCAGAAGAUUACACUCAUAGCCCUGUACAUUACGCCGUCGUUUUAGGAGAUCACAAUAAACUAAGCAGAAUUAUUGCUUCUCUUCCUCGACUCGCUGAUCCAACUCGGAUACAGACGGAGUCCGACUCGCUUAUACAGGAACGAAUUGCUGAUAAAAUUACGGCAGUACUUGAUCGGCGUGAUAACCGAAACCGUGAAACUCCUCUACAUCUGGCCGUCCGUUUGAAUGACGUGUAUGCAGCAAGGUUACUUGCUGUUGCUGGUGCUGAUAUUUCGCUUCAGAAUGCAGAUGGUUGGAAUGCUCUACAGGAAGCUAUUAUGCGGAGAUGCUCUGAUGUUGUUUCGAUUUUAGUUCAGCAUCAUCAUUUAAGUGCUUGGUACAAGUGGCGACGUCGUUUACCUCGCCUUGUUGCUGUUCUUCGCAGAAUGCGUGACUUCUACAUGGAAAUUGCUUUCCAUUUCGAGAGUUCUAUUGUUCCAUUCGUUGGCAAAAUUGCGCCUUCUGAUACGUAUAAGAUCUGGAAACGCGAUGGUAAUCUUCGAGCAGAUACAUCUUUAGCUGGUUAUGAUGGCUUGAAAGUUCAGCGAGCUAAUCAGAGUUUUCUAUUCCUUGGUGACGGUGACCGGAAUUCUGAUAUUCCGGCUGGUUCAUUGCUAGUUUUGAACCACGAUGACCUUAAAAUGUAUGAUGCUUUUGAGAACGCUGGUGCUCCUUUGAGCGAUUCUGAUGUUUCGAGUUUCUGUAAUCAAACAAGUGUGUAUCGUCCUGGAAUGGACGUGACGAAAUCAACACUAGUUAGUCGUACAAAUUGGAGAGGGCAAGAGAAAACGGAGAACAUCGGCGAAUGGAAAGCCAGAGUUUAUGAUGUGAAUAAUGUUGUUUUCAGCUUCCGAUCGCGCAAAAUUUCCGGAGCUGAAAGCGAACAAAUUCUACCAUUAGACUUAGAACUAGAAGAGGAUUCCGAAGACGGUUUCCUCGUCGCAGAGAAUCCACGGUUUAGCGUCUCAACGGCCGCUGCCUCCUCCGUAGAAAGCAGCAAACAACGACGUCACAGCAGUUUCAUUCGAGAGGAAAGGGAUUUCGUUACGGUUUCUCGAAAAAGCGUCGACAUAAUACCGGAACCACGGCGGAGAGCGGCGGCGAUACCGGUUGCACCGCCGCCGAAUACAAAGGAAAAGGAGUACGUGAAGAGCCUGAAACCGUCAGUCUGGUUGACGGAGCAGUUUCCGUUAAAGACGGAGGAGUUGCUGCCGUUACUUGACAUAUUAGCGAACAAAGUGAAAGCAGUUAGACGAAUGAGAGAGCUGUUAACCACCAAGUUCCCUCCGGGGACAUUCCCAGUAAAGUUGGCAAUACCAGUGGUCCCUACAGUGAGGGUAGUAAUCACAUUCACAAAGUUUGUUGAGUUACAACCAAUUGAACAGUUCUAUACUCCAUUUUCAAGUCCGAGGCACCUCCUUCAUGGUGAUAGUGAGGAUGAAAGUUCAAGCAGCAAUUACUAUUCACUUCCAUCAUCAUCAUCAUCAUCAUCAUCUUCGUCAUCGUCGUGGCUGUUGAAAAGCAAGCAGCUACAACAAAACCGUAAUGGUGCACAACAGGUAGAUCCAUUUGCAAUACCUCGCGGUUAUAGUUGGAGUAGUUUUGAUGAGAAGAAUAGGAAAAUGAAGAAAUCUAAGUCUACUAGGAGAACCAAGUGAUUGCCUUACUAGUAAUUCUUUUAACAUAGAAUGCGAUCAACUGCUCUGUUUUUUACAAUUACUUCCUAAUUCUUAAUAUAGUUUGUAGAUAUUAAGGAGAAUCUAACUUUGAAUCUCCUGAACUCUUAAUCUUGGCUUUUCAAUUCUCAUAGUUGUUAUACGAAUGAGUUUCUCAAUCUAAUCGUAGAAGUUAUCCUAUCUUUACACAGU